AUGUUGCCAUGGAGUACUUUCUUUUUGUACUUAUUGCUUUCUCCAUUCUUUAUAUUACUAGUUUCAUUGGGAUUAUUGCAACAGGUUCUGUGCAUGUUGCUGUUCAAAGGGACUGUACUUCCAGAAAUGAAAUGCAAAUAUCUGACGCUGGAGUUGCAUGUGAAGAGGUUUAAUUUGUAUGGAGUAGCUGGUCUUCUGCGAGCAUCAAGUCAUGUAGAGACACUCAACAUAAAUAUAUAUACGGAGGCACUAGACAUAGAGGGACGCGACAUAGAUUUAUCAACAAAAUCUCUUGAAGAUACCCACUGCCACUUUGAGUUAUCAGAUUUGGUCAAAGGAGAUGAUAUUGAUUUGCAUAACUGGAUUUUAUUUGGGUUUCCCAACCUCAAGAAUGUUAAGAUUAUCAACUCCCCCGGAGAGCGGUGCUUUAAGGAUCAUUUCAAACAGGGCUUUGACAAGCUUUUGAAACUUUCAGAAUUUCUGUUAAAGAAUGCAACAGUUUUGGAGAAGUUCGUGAUAUCAAAGGGAAUAAUGUGCAAGAUAUGUUCAACCAACUGUGUGUCCACAUUUUUAUCUCAAUUGGCUGAGGAAUUGUUUUGUUGCCCAAGAUCCUCUACAAAUUGUGUGAUUAUCUACUAGUAGUGAGCUUGUGAUGAUUAGACUGCAAGUAGUUUUCUAUCUUAGGAUACACGAGAUGUUGCCUUAUAUUGAGUUUUUGGCGAAUACCCAUACAAUCAUGACUUGUCUAUGCAAUUAAUUACUUAUCUUGUGGCAUACCAA